AUGUCUAAGGUAUUCGUACUAGGAGCCACCGGCCAACUCGGAGCAGCUGUCGUCAAAGGUCUAUUGGAAAAGAACGUCUCUGUCACUGCUUAUGUUCGUAACGCUAGCAAGGCAGAAAAGAUGUUCGCAAAGUCCUCUAACUUGAACGUUGUCCAAGGAGACUACGAUGAUCUCGAUGUAUUUAAGGCUGCUGUUACUGGACACGAGCGUCUUUUCCUGAUGGUACAAUCUUUCACCGAUAUGCGUGGAGUUAAGUAUGCCUUUGCCAAGAUCGCAUACGAAGCUGGAGUCAAGCAGAUCGUGGAUAUAUCGUGCACACAGGAGAUGGCUCUUUCUUGGAGAUCAAACACAGUAUGUGAGGUUCACCGCGAAAGCGAAGAAGCAAUUAUCAGCAUCCCCAACAGAGGAAAGUUUGUUGCCCUUCGUCCCUCUGGUUUCUUCAGCAACUUCUUCCAUGGUGAUGUUCACACUGUCCGUCACGCUAACGCCAUUAUGGGCUGUGUUCCAUCUGACGAGAAGAGAAUGUGGAUCUCACCUACCGAUAUCUCCUUGGUGGCAGUCAACGUCUUGACCGAGCCUAUCGAACAACACAAAGAUUGUGUUUACGAAAUGACCUCGGAAUCACUUUCGGGAGAUGAUCGUGCACAAAUUUUGAGCAAGGUUCUCGGCAAAGAUAUCAAGUAUGUUCUACGCAGCGCUGUUGAGGAGUACAAGGCUCUGACAGGUCAUGGUAUGCCACACGACAUCGCAUACGGCUUGGUGGACUAUUUCUCGCUGGGUCAUGUAAACCGUGAAAAAUCUCAGUAUGAAUAA